AUGAAUGGAUUUGGAGGAAAAGAGGCUUGCAAGGGAAAGUCAAGGAAAAGGAAAGACAAACAAGGAGUUGAGCCUGAAGGAGAAGACAAAAACUAUUUUCGGUGGAAUAUAGCUAUGGAACGUGAAUUAGCUGAUAUACUUCGGGAGGAGCGCAGCUUAGGUCACAAAGGAGAUGGUGGAUGGAAGGCAGUUGCUUACAAUACUGCUGCAAAUAUAUUAGCUGCACAAUUUAAUCUCCAGAUAAGUGCUGAUAAUAUUAGAAAUCGUGUUAAGUCAUGGAAAAAGUUCUAUGGAGUAGUGAGUGAUAUAUUAAGUCAAAGUGGAUUCAGUUGGGAUUCAACAAAAAAGAUGAUAAGCAUAGAUGAAGAUCAUGUUUGGGAAGAAUACGUGAAGUCUCAUGACGAUGCUAGAGGUUUUCGAUUUAAAGUUAUAGAAAAUUGGGAUGAUAUAGUAGAUUUGUGUGGCAAAGAUAGAGCCACUGGAGAGGGCGCUGAAACAGGUGCAGAUGCAACUGAGGUUAUGACUCCUACUGAUGAAGUUGAUCAUGUUGAUUUGGAUGGUGAUACACAAGAUUUAGAAGAUAUUCAUAAAAGAGGUGCUGUCAAAGAUGUUAUUGCUGAUUCGAUUGCUAGAAUGGCUUUAUCAUUUGAAGAGUUUAUCCGUGCUCCCAAUUGA